UCCUGACGUCUGUUACCGCCAAACUUAAAAACAAGAAGACGCCUUCAACAUCCACAGCUGCUACAGCGUCUUUAAUCAAGAAGGAGAAUUUAUUUAUUCGCCUUAAAAAUGCCUUCCACCACUCCAAAGCGGCCCUGCCCUCAUUCAGUGGACGACUCGAUGAACGUGUCAUUAAACGACUCGAUGGAGAAGAGGAUAAAGCGGAUAUCAGUGGAGGGAAACAUCGCGGCGGGUAAAUCCACAUUUGUGCGCCUUUUGGAGCAAGAAAGCGCGGACUGGGAGGUGGUACCAGAGCCGAUCGCAAGGUGGUGCAAUGUCCAAACAAAAGGAAGUGACUUUGAGGAGCUGACCACAUCUCAGAGGAGUGGAGGGAACAUAUUGCAGAUGAUGUAUGAGAAACCGGAGAGGUGGGCCUACACCUUCCAGAGCUAUGCCUGCAUCAGCCGAGUGCGAGCACAGAUCAGAUCAGCCAAUGGGAAGCUCCAAGAGGCUGAGAAUCCUGUGCAGUUCUUUGAGCGAUCCAUAUACAGCGACAGGUACAUUUUUGCAGCAAACCUGUAUGAAAGUGAGUGCCUGAGUGAGACGGAGUGGUCCGUCUAUCAGGACUGGCACGGCUGGCUGCACAGCCAGUUUGGCAAGAACAUCGAGCUGGACGGUAUCAUCUACCUCCGAGCUUCGCCUGAGAAAUGCUUGGAGCGGUUGCACCUGAGGGGCAGAGAAGAAGAGCAGGACAUCCCUCUGGAGUAUCUGGAGAAGCUGCAUUUUAAACACGAGAGCUGGCUGCAGCAUAAAACCAUGACCAUGGAUUUUGAGUAUCUCAGUGACGUCCCUGUCCUGACCAUAGACGUGAGUGAAGACUUUAAGGCGAGCAACUCAAAGAGCGCCGACAUGAUUGAAAAGGUGAAGGAGUUCCUGAGCACGUUGUGAUGUUUGAAAAUUUCAGCGAUGGGAGAAAUAAUCCAUGCAAACGUGAGGACAUAGAAGCAUGACAAUGAUUUUUUAAAAUGAACUAGCCUGUAGCGUUUUAAUCUUUUUAUUGCUGUUUUUGUUUUUUUUACCUCAGUUGUGUAUUUAUGUUUUUUUAUGUGCACAUGAAUAUAUAUGUCAAUUUUGAAUUCACAAACGACAAUAAACUUGAAAGACUUUUAUGCACCAUGAUGACAAAGAAA